ACACGGCCCGGAGUUUCCUCCACCACCCCCACAAAGCAAAUAAUCCCCGGAGGGAGGAAUCUGCCAAGUUCCAGGAGACACUUUGAAAGUCAAGGCCCUUUCAUGGAAGAGAUGGCUCUUCAAGACUUAACAGAUAUUUCUGCCAUGACUGACGAGGUGUACAGGACACGAAGCCAGAAGAGAGCAAUGGAACGAGAUGGUCUACCUAAUGAUGUUGACAUGAAGAAACCAAAGAUGGAAUGUUCUCAGGGAACUGAUAUGGACAGUGAACUGGAAGAAUUGAAAGAAGAGAUAAGAAUUAAAACAGAGCCUGUUGACCGGGGUGGUGGAAGGACUGCAGGGUUACUAAAGGGGCCAGGCGAAGUAAAAGCAACUAUCAAAGUAGAAGUACCAACUGGAGAUGAACCUGUUGACAUGAGUACGUCAAAGAUUGAAAUGAAGAAGGUAAAGCGGCCCCUAUCUCCGGACAUCAUUGUCCUCUCCGACAACGAACCCUCAAGUCCCAGGCUGAACGGGCUCUCGAAGGAACUAAGAAGUGCAAACACGGAUGAUAUUAUGAAGAGCACCCCAGAGGAGCGAGAAAGAAUGAUCAAGCAAUUAAAGGAAGAGCUGCGGUUGGAGGAGGCCAAACUUGUCCUGCUCAAGAAGCUCCGCCAGAGUCAGAUCCAGAAGGAGGCCACUAUUCCAAAGGUAAACACCGUCCGUGCAGUGGGAACAGUAAUCCCACCACCAUUGGUUCGCGGUGUUCAACAAGGGACCUCAAAGGUUGGAUCGCAACAGAACCCACAGAUUGUGAUGCCACCAUUAGUGAGAGGAAACCCACAAAUUCACGCCAUCAGACCACAUGCCAGCACUGCCCCACCUCCUCUGCUGCUGGCUCCCCGCGCAUCAGUGCCCAGUGUGGUACAAAUCCAGGGCCAGAGGGUUCUACAACAGGGACUGAUCCGUGUGGCCAAUGUCCCCAACACCAGCCUGCUCGUCAACAUUCCACAGGCUUCAAGUGCAAUGAAAGCCUCAACGUUGAACUCGGGUCAGUCGAAUGUCGGCAAUACAGUGACAUCUGCUGUGAACUCCAAUGACUCGCCGGCCAGUCGCCAGGCAGCAGCCAAGCUUGCGCUCCGUAAGCAGCUGGAGAAAACGUUGCUGGAAAUUCCACCGCCCAAACCUCCAGCCCCCGAGCUGAACUUCCUACCAAGUGCUGCUAAUAAUGAGUUCAUCUACCUAGUCGGACUUGAAGAAGUGGUGCAUAACCUGCUAGAAACUCAAGGCAAAACCUCCGCGCAGGCGUUGGCCCAGGAACCGUAUGCCUGUUCGCAAUGUAAAACUGAUUUUACCUGUCGCUGGAGACAAGGAAAGACCGGGACGAUCAUGUGUGAGCAAUGUGUGACGUCCAACCAGAAGAAGGCAUUGAAAGCUGAACAU